AUGCAUAUGGCGGCCAAAGGGAGGUUAAAAGGAGAUACAAGGCCAUCACACGAAACAAGGCGGCCACCACUUGGGAAUGACACAGGAGGGUUAUUAAAACAAUUCGGUCGAAGAAAAUCUCAAUUGGCCCGAGUGGAUUUGAAGAAAUUCAAUCCGGACAUUUCUCUCGGCCAUACCGCGCACAAGGAGCCAAAUUACGGCCAACUCCUAAACGGCGUGACCAAAGUCCACCAAACUUCACAGGCGACCAUAAAAUCACAUUUUGGUCGGCAAAUCCAAAAGAUAGGACGGAGAAAUCAUCACGGAUCAUGA